AUGCAAACCACACUCGGCCUUCUCGGCGCGGCGUUGAUUGGACUACCGCGACUGGCUGCCUCGCACUCGACAAACAUCGCGCGGGCUCUGGACGAGGCCGGAGCCAUCUGCUCGCUAGCGGCAUGCAUGAUGGCGGUGGUAACAGCAGCUGUGAGCCGGCGACCCCUGACACGACUGAGGCGACGAGCAGAGCUGCCGCGCCACGCCGCCAUCGACGGCCAAGACGAGGACAGGCGAAGCAGAGGCGAAGUGCUAAUCGACGGAGUACCCGAGUGGAAUGGGUGGCUGACGCUGCUGCUAGCCGCUGCCGGGGUCAUGGCCACCGGCGAGGCGGCGGCCCGGAUCGAUGGCGCCAGUCUUGCCUGCGCAGCCGCUGUGUGCGUGGCGACCCUCGCUGCGCCUCCGCCGCAUCAGACAACCGCGCCUGCGCUGUUUGCCUCACCAGCACGGACUGUCCGCUUUACUGUGAGCUUGCUGCUGUGGCAGGCGUACUUGGUGGGCUCCGCCGCCGAGGCCGAGAGCACCGGCAGCAGCAGCCUCGACCAGCUUGUAGCCGCCCUCGACUGGCUCGUCCCACUGGGUGCGGCGGCGAGUGCGCCGCUGCUGGGCAUGCUCCCGCCGCCGCGUCGCACUGGGCUUGCCGGCGGCGGGCCUCAACAGGUCCGCGGCCUGUCGCUCGGGCAGGCGGUGGCCGCUGUGUUCUGGGCUGGCCUCCUCUAUCAAAGCUACGCGCUCGUGGUCGCCUCACCGGCACUGGACGCCAUGCAGGCCUCGGUGAAGGCGCGGUGGGUGGCGAGCGGACUGAUGAUUGGCGUGAGUACAGCCAUCGCGCUGGUGACGGUCAUGCUGUCGGGCUCGGCAACCGCAAUGGCGGCAGUGGUCGGGUACGCCGCCGCCGCCGCAGGGCUGGCUGCCGGCACACUCGCCGCUCACCAGUAG